CAGACCUCCUCCUUUCUCUUGAAUCAUGAGGGAUGAAAUUGCAACAGCAGUUUUCUUUGUCACAAGACUGGUGAAAAAACAUGACAAAUUGAGUAAACAGCAAGUAAAAGACUUCGCAGAAAAGCUGAUGACGAUCUUGUUUGAAACCUACAGAAGUCACUGGCACUCUGACUUCCCUUCCAAAGGGCAAGCCUUCAGGUGUAUCAGGAUAAAUAAUAUUCAGAAUAAAGAUCCCAUUCUAGAAAGGGCUUGUGCUGAAAGUAAAGUGGAUUUUUCUCACCUGGGACUUCCAAAGGAGAUGACCCUAUGGGUAGAUCCCUUUGAAGUGUGCUGUAGGUAUGGUGAGAAAAAUCACCCAUUUACAAUUGCUUCUUUUAAAGGCAGGUGGGAGGAAUGGGAGCUUUCCCAACGGAUCAGCCGUAUUGUUAAUAGAGCCACUUUGGACCACUCCUCCGGCAUUUCCUCUGACGAAGAGAGUUGUAACAAAGAACCUCAGAUCAUUCCUAAAGUGAGCAAUCCAAAGAGUAUUUACCAGGUUGAAAACUUGAAACAGCCAUUUCAAUCUUGGUUCCAUGUCUCCCGCAAAAAGAAUAUGGCAGAUGGCCGCGUGGGCCUCCUAGGGAACACUUAUCAUGCACUGCAUAAAAAUCCCAAGGGUCCGAGGCCUGCCGCUAUCCCCCGGGUGGACAGAAUUUUACAAACCCUCAUCUGGAACUGAAUUUGUAGCACCUGAUAGAAGAAGGAGCCUUGGAAGGUAUUGUCUGAGGCAUCCAUCGCAGGAAGAUGAGAAGCAAUCUGCAGGGUGAUUUCAGGAGCCUGAAAAGAAUAAGAAACAAAUAAAACCCAAA